AUGGAGGGCUCCUGGUUAUUAUUCGAAACCACCGAAUCCAUCAUCGAAGUCCUAUGGGACAUCGCCCUCGCCUUCUUCGUCAUCCGCAUCUCCUUCUACUACUUCCUCCUCACCUUCCUCUCCAGCCUUUUACUUGGUUACCUCGCCUACGCCCAACUCCUACCCAUCACCACCUUCGCUCACUUCCUCUCCUCCUCAUCAGCAUCCGAACCUAUCAACAACCACAUCCUCCUGAGCUGGACCAUCCUCCUGACCAUCACCUCAGCAAUAUGGGCCCACCUCGUCCUCAGCCACUAUGAGGUACCCCGCGUCACCCAUUUCAGGUUAGCCAUCUGCUCCAUGGCACUGGCAUUCAUGGUCUCGGCCGAGAUGGUGGUUGCCUUUGUGCUGUUCGAGGAAGGAUAUGGAGGCUGGGUGUGGGAGGAGAUGAAGAGCGUGGCGGGCGUGGCUUGGGGAGGCUGGAUGGUUAUGUAUAGCGUGAUGCCGGUGUUGCUGAUGGGGUUGGAGAGGAUAAUGGAGGAGAAGAGGGAGGGUAGACGGAUACUGGGUCAUGGUUUUCACAGAGCUGGGACGGGUAUGCAUAAGUUACCGACUAUCAACGAGGAAAAGACGAUGAUGUACUAG